AUGCUUCCUUCUCUUGUUGAUCUUCGUUUAUACAAUUGUAGUCUUCAUCAUAUAACACCUCUACUUGAUCAUAAAAAAAUUUCUUCACUCAAAUCUCUCAAUCUUUCUGGGAAUUACAACUUUAAUUCAUCUGUUCCUAAAUGGGUUUUCAACCUCCCCAAUCUUGUUUCUCUUGACCUAAGUGGCUGUAAUUUUACUGGCCCUUUUCCUGACGGUCCAGUUAAUUUGACUUCUCUCACAACCUUCAAGGCUUCUAGAAACUCUUUCAACUGUCGUCUACCAAAAUGGUUGUUUGAUUUGAAUAAUCUUGAACAUCUUGUGCUUUAUCGUAGUGGCAUUGAAGGUGCGAUACAGAGUCAGAGCGGAAACAUAACAAAACUUAAGCAUCUCGAUCUUUCUUUCAAUAACCUCAACUCCACUAUACCAAAUUGGCUCUAUGGAUGCAAAGAUCUAGAAUCACUUUUCCUUCGAUCAAACCGUCUUGAGGGAACAGUUUCAAGUCUGAUUUCAAAUUUGAGUUCAAUAACUAUUAUUGACCUUUCUGGUAAUAUGCUUUCUGGAAAGUUACCGAAUGUAAUUGGAAAGUUAGGGAAAUUAGAACAACUUGAUCUCUCAGGAAAUCAAUUUGAGGGAGAUAUAUCCGAAUUAAUCAAUGUUAGGAGUAAUUUCCUUUCGGUGGGAUUGAGAAAUACUUCUUUAACUUCUUUGAGACUAGAUGAUAAUAAACUCACAGGAGCUCUUCCGGAAAGUGUUGGCCAACUUUCAAUGCUAGAACAUUUUUCCAUCUUUAACAAUAGGUUGGAAGGUGUUGUAACAGAAAGUCAUUUCUCUAAAUUAACACAUUUACAAUCCUUCUAUGCAUCUAGAAAUAAUCUGACUUUAAAAGUGAGUCGAAAUUGGACUCCACCUUUUCAAGUCACAGAUAUUAAAAUAGGCGGCUGGAAUAUAGGCCCGUUGUUUCCAAUGUGGCUCCGAACUCAAAAGCAGAUAGCACAUGUUGACAUAUCAGAUGGUGGAAUACAAGGUGAGGUUCCAACUUGGUUUUGGAAAUUGUCUUCUCAAAUUCAAUUUCUCAAUCUUUCUCACAACCAAUUUGUUGGUGAGGUUCCAAUCAUCUCGACACCUUCGUGGACAGAUGGACAUGGAGGUCCUUGGACAAUGUGCUUUGGUUCCAACAAUUUUAGUGGACCAUUGCCCUUGAUUUCAACCAUUGUAACUGAGCUAGAUCUCUCAAACAAUUCUUUUUCCAAAGGUUUAUCGAAUUUUUUGUGUGAAGCAAAGAAUGGAUCUUACAAAUUGGAGAUCUUAAAUCUCGAGGGAAAUGAUUUAUCAGAAGAAAUUCCUGAUUGUUGGAUGAAUUGGCCAGAGUUGAAAGUUUUAAUCUUGAGGGACAAUAAUUUGAUUGGAAGCUUACCAAGAUCUAUGGAGGUUUUGAGUAAUUUGUUAUCAUUAGACUUGCGAAGAAAUAGACUUAACGGUCCGUUUCCUUCAUCCUUGGAAAACUGCACAAAACUGCAUAAAAUAGAUUUAGCUGAGAAUGAGUUUAUUGGAAAAUUACCAUCUUGGUUGGGAAUGAGGUUUCCAACCUUAAUAGUCCUUAUCCUUCGGUCCAAUAAAUUCGAUGGUGAAUUGCCUCAAGAACUUUGUCACCUCAAAGAUCUUCAGAUUUUAGACCUUGCAACAAUACAUUUGUUGGAAUCAUACCAAGGUGUAUUGGAAAUUUCAGUGCAAUGGUCAAAGGAAAAACGGAAGUGGAUGUUGAUUUAA